GUUAUUGGUCGAUUUAAAAAAAAAAAACAUUGCUUAAUUAAUACAAGCAUUGCCUAUGAAUUUACCGUAAACUGCGCGCUCCCUCCACAACUUCCUCAUUAUAAAAACUACCUGUAUUUCAGUUUCUAUUUCAGAAGGAAAUUAAAGUAUCUGCCAACACACCUUGACCAUGUCGGACGGAAAACCCAGGGGUGAAGACACUGUGGACGCCAGAAAAGGGGAAGAACAAGGAACUCAGUUUCUCACCGAUGCCGGAGUCGAUCACACCGAUGCCAAACCACGCUCUGAUGCUUUCCAGUACAACAUGAACUACGGCAGUCUGGGACAGUGCAUGAUCAUCAACAACAAGAACUUCGACAGGAAAACAGGGAUGGGAGUUCGUAACGGGACAGACGAGGAUGCAAAGAAUGUGAUGGAGACCUUUUCCAAGCUAGACUUCAAUGUCAGCGCUACAAAUGAUCAAACUGUCUUACAGAUGAUGGAUUUGUUGACUAAAGUGUCUCGGCAGGAUCACAGUAAGUCGGCCAUGUUUGUGUGUGUGUUGUUGAGUCAUGGAGACGACGGGCUGAUUUAUGGCACGGAUGGAUCUAUACCGCUGAAGAACCUGUUUGAGCUCUUCAGAGGAGAUCGCUGCCCUUCGCUGGUGGGAAAACCCAAGCUCUUCUUCAUUCAGGCCUGUCGAGGCACAAAACUGGACUCUGGCAUUGAAACGGAUGGUCCAGAUGACACGGAAACGAAGAGAAUUCCUGUGGAGGCCGACUUCCUGUACGCGUACUCCACGGCACCAGGGUAUUACGCCUGGAGGAACGUCGCUCAGGGCUCCUGGUUCAUCUCCUCGCUCUGUGAGAUGCUGACAAAAUACAGCAAGCAACUGGAGAUCAUGCAGAUCAUGACGCGGGUCAACCACAAGGUGGCGCUGGACUUCGAAUCCUCCUGUAAUACGCCAGGGUUCGGUGGGAAGAAACAGAUCCCUUGCAUUGUAUCUAUGCUGACCAAAGACCUCUACUUCCCUAAAUAAUUCAUCUUUUCUUUACUGAUUAAGUUGAACACUUUUUUUGUACAAUUUAUUCAGACACCUUCAACACUUCUCACUUUAUCACAGUUUAUUCGCUGUAGUUUAGAAAAUGGGAAUAAAUGGCGUUCUCAGAUCAGUGGAUAUUUGACGGGUUUUGUCCGUCCUUCGACUCUCACACAUGAAUUAUGUUGAAUAUCUGUUCAA